UUAUAAGUGAUAUGAUGUAACACAAAAUGAAUCCAUUGAAAUGUGUAAUUGUGACCAUUUUGUAUUGUUUUGGAGAGAUUUGCAAAGGUCAGGGAGUUUUUGUUUCACAACAUGAAACGAAAUGGAACGAGUCUAGAUGCACCUUGGCAGAACCAAGUGUAACUUGCAAGGAUUAUGACUCAUGCAUUGUUGAAAAUGGUUUGGAUUUUUUUACAAAAGCAGACGGUCAAGACAAUGGGUUUUGGAUUGGAUAUGCCAAAACAUGGAUUAGUUAUGCUUAUGUUGGAUGUGGCCAAUUGAACGAUGGAACCAAUUAUUCUGUUCCAACUCUGGGCGAAUGCAGACGUACAACAGGAUGUCAAGCGUUCGGUAUACAAAAAUCAAUAGCAGGCUUGCGAUGUAAAUGUGCUAGUAAAGUCCCUAAGCAGAAAACAUCUUGCGGAGAAAAAUGUGACGAACCGGAUCAAUAUCCAUGUGGUGACACAGUCGACCCUAAUAUAUUCUCAUUUUACACUGUAGAAAAUGUUCCUCCUAGCAAUAAUUCAAAAGACAUUCACAACAACUGCCUUCAGUUCUCCUUAAAGUACAGACCUGGAAAUGACUACCAUUGGGAGUCAUGCACUUUAGAUACCUACCCAAAGCUUUUAUGCAGCAACAAAAGUUAUUUUGAUGAUAAACCGAAGGCGAAAAUAUACACUCGAAGUGAUGGAAAUUGGGCUCAGGCUGUUGAAAAUUGCAUCGUUGGAGAAAAAUUCCCUGCAUCGAUACAAAGUAUAAGAAAUGCGAAUUUUACAGACCCGGAGAGUCAGAACCACUGGACAGGAAUAAUAAAAAAAGAAUCUAUAAUAUCUGCAGGCGAUAUGCUUGAUGAUAGCUCCUAUCCACCUUUGACGUAUGCAUAUGUGGAAAAGAUCAACCGGACUGUUUACGUGAUAUUUGAAGGAGACUCGAAAACAAAGAGAAAAAGCUUGUGUGUAGGAGAUGGCACAUCGGCAGGACCCACGACAACGUCACAAGAGACUCAACCAACCUCAUCGGAAUCAACCACGGCACCACCCAAAGGUACAACAGGUCCUACAUCAGGCGUGACGUCAACCCGGAAAGUCAUAACAACAGAUACACAACCGACGCAAACACCAGUAUUGAAUGCAUCUGCAACGCCAACAUCGCAUCAGGUACCUGAAGGAACAGCAGCCCCCUUAGAAAAGGACGAAGGGGGAUCAACGGCAGGCCUCGCUGCUGGUUUGUCCGUAUCUCUGGUAGUGAUUAUCAUUGUGACGGUUAUUGUGAUGGUGUUUUUGAAAAGAAGGGGACUUCUAACAAAGUGCUUCAAACAAAAUGAUGAAAAAAGCAAUCAUACCGAAGACACAGCAACCGAAAUAGCAUGCAUAUCAACACCGAUAUUUGAAUUUACUACAAACAUAGUGGAUGACUUAACAGCCACAAAUCAUUCUUAUUUUGUGCUUGAAAAAACGUUUGAUGAAGAAACCAAAGAGGAGACCGAACACUAUGCAGAGCCAGAUAUGACCGAUGUUGACCAUUAUGAUUUGACCGAUGAGUCACAAAAAGAUACUGAAAACGAUUACGACACAACUAAUGACAAAAAGAGCUCUGUCAAGGCUGGAUUGGCUAAGCCAAAUAAUAGUUAUAACAAAGUCACUUUAUAUCAAACUAGUGAGUACGAUCAUAUUAAUAGAAGACCGCCAAAGUCGGACAGACAAACUGAAAAUGAAUACGAUAUUUCGAAUAACCUGAUCGACGGCAAACCAAACAAUAAUUUAAAUGAGAACAGUGAUACAUAUAACCAUUUGAACAAACAUGACUUAAAGAACUUUGGCACAGAUAACGUUUAUGGAAAGUCAGAAACAGAUGGCUAUAAUGGAUAUGCUACUUCCAGUGCUCUUACCCUUCGCAGGAACAUGGAUAAAAAUGAUCAGCAAGCUGAUUAUGAUGUGAUAAAUAAGAAAUGGUAGAAUUAUGUGCCAGUUAAAGGACAUUUACUUACAUGAUUUGAUCAUUUAAAGUUAUCAAAUUCCAUGAAAUUUGAAAGAUGCAGAGAGAGUUUGUCAACAAAACCAUGACACAUGUUGCCGAUUAACCCUAUUCUUGUAAAUUUGCCCUAUCUCUCACUUUUGUUUGCGAAAACACUCAACAAAUCAUACUCAUCCAUCAGUUAAGAAGCAUGAUCGUUAUGCAUAUUCAAUAUCAAGGAGAAAGUAUUUUUAUCACCUCAAUGGCAUCUUCGGGCUAUAAGUUUCUUCAAUGAGUUUCGUUUAUUUUUGCGCACUUCUUGCCAGCGUUAUGUAAACCUACGAUAUUACUGUUGGAAUUACAUAUGGAAACGCAUUAAUGCACUACGGAAAUUUAAGCAACGUAAAACAUAUAUGUUGUGUCUCUUGUACAAAAUGCAUUAUUGUAUGACUACAUCCUAUCUUUCUUGUUAAAUGACUUCAUCAGUUUCAGUAUAUUUGUCCAAUAGUCUCAUAAAAACCUCUUCGCGGUUACGGAGCUUGAAUUGCAAAUCGCAACACGUCUCGCAAUCGUUUCUUACCAUCAACAACCUCUUUUUGGAUUGCGCUUCCGUCAUCCAUGAGAAUAACUACAUCACUGCAAUCAUUACUCUUUUUGUUUAAUAACAAUGCUCAGUAUCACCAAGGGUCUAACGUCAACAACUUUCACCAUGCUCGCCUUCGAAUGCAUUGCAGCAAUCUUAAUGAGCCUGUCCACCUAAGAAUAUCGUCCCCUGUGUACAAUUGGAGCAAAAUAAGACACUUACCACUUUUUUACAUGUCCAUUAUAUACUAACCAAAGAAAGGUCUUGUUUGAAAAUCUCAGUACCCUUAACACUAUUACCAUAUAGCUUAUAUUGUUUGAAGACAAAUCUUACACCUCAAGUAUCAACAAACAUAUCCACCAAUUACAAACAUUUAUUCCUAACACCAAACGUUAUUCAAACAUAUUUCAACAUCGAACCUACUCACCUGACUUGCCUAAGUUACUUCUCUUUCCCUUCAGUCUCUCCUUCCGUUCUAUUCCUUCACUCUUGUUCUAUCACUACACAAUGUCAAACUUUUCUUUUUAUGCAUAUAGAAGUACAUUAUUUUUGCGUUUCAAUUACGCCAUAUUCUGUAACAAUUAUUUAUGCCUGUUUAUUCCUCUUCAGUGUACUAUUGUAAAUAAUGAACUUAAAUAGGACAACAUAUAUUAUUCUGGUAUUUCACACCACGUGUCAAUUGUUCUAAUGAUAUACAGUAUAGAGACUUAUAAUAAGCUUAUAGUAAGCAUUUAUGCUUACUUCUCAAUUCUGUAAAUGUAUAGUUAAAUUGCUAGUAGAACUAAUUCUUGAUAUCUUAUACUUAAAUAUAUUGACUAUCAUAAAUACUUACAAAUAUUGACUACCAUAAUUACUUACAAAUAUUGACUACCAUACUUUAUGAGUAUAUGUCUACUUGCUCUUAUGUGUGUUUUUAAACUUAUUACA